AUGCCCGACGCUACCGUCGACGGGCCUCCGGCCGAGCUCUCCGCGGACGGAUCCCGAAGACGAAGUGCUCCAGGAAGCACGGCAGAAUCACGGGAGCAGGAGCACGAGAAGCAGCCGGAAGCAGGAGACAGUGGUGUUGGGGAGACACCAGUCUCGCCGCCUCUUCCUGCGCGGCACGUUCCCAUCACGGCUGGCCCGCGCGCCGCGCGACUGCAAGAUAUCUAUGCGCAGGCGCUUCGUCAUACGCUCAGCAAACUCGCCGCCUGGGACAACUUCGCCGGCUGCUACCCAACAGUGGCGGCCCGCGCAGAAACCGUGCUCCGGCAGGUCCAGGGGCAGAUGGUAAAUAGGAUGCGCGAAAAAUGCGAGGUGAAAGAGUCCCCUCCCCGGACCAUUAAGGAGUUUGAGAACAUACUCGUCGCGCGGAACGUCGUUGUCAAGCUGAAUGAGCUUGAGUCCCUUAUCGAUGAUGCCUCAGCGCGACGGAAAGACGCCUCCUCGUCGGCGGUCGAACCGAUACCCCCGCACCUGCUUCCCCCGCCGACCAUACUCUCCGCCCACUUGUCACCAGCGCUCGCGCCGCACCAGUCGCUCCUCAACGCGAAGCUGCAAACAACACAGUCGCAAAACGCCCUGUUGGCGGAUCAUGUGCGAGGUCAGCACGCUGAGAUCGAGGAUCUGCUCGCGCGCCUCGAAGCUGCCGCCGAUGAUGUCCGGAGCGCGAACCGCGCGCUCGGUGCCGUCGCCUCCCAGAUUGCCGAGGAAGCUAGGGAUGCAGUUGUGGGGACGCCCUGA